AUGAGAAUAAUAAGCCCGGUUGGCUCCAUCCAUGGAAUCCGAACAGUAGAAUUCUAUCGCGACAGAAUCUCUGACAUGUCACCCUGUCUGUCUCGGGAAAGUCCUCCAGCUUUCUUCUCUUGUGUUGACCGUGACUGUCACCGGGUGGCACUGCAUCCGGUCUCAUCAUCUCAUCCCAUCCCAUUCGACCCCAUCUUUUUUACUUCCCGUCCAUCUGAGACAGGCCAUUCACCAAACUCGCCAGACUGCUGCAACAGCAGCAAUUCUAAUCUCCAUGUCCAUCUUCCUCAACAAGUACACCUUUUAGAAAGCUAUGUUAUACUCAACGGGGUGCUCGCCCGACUACCUCGUCAGCUUCAAGCUUUCCGAGCCGAUGGCCUGCCUGCCUGCACCUGAAGCAUGUCCAAGUCUACAUCUCCUUUUGAAGGACACAGCUCACCCAGAGGAGAAAGCGCUACAUUCUAACGGUGAAUCAUGGAUUCAACUCUUCAACGAGAACCAGUCCACAGCUGCUGGAGUCCAGGAAAUGUGAACCCGGCCGAACUGUUUACUGUAAUAAAUGGAACUCAGACGCA